CACGAACGCAGUUACACGUGACGUACGUGUGAGAGUAGAUUAUUUACCGCAUUUAUCAUCGGGAGGCUUCGCAAUUGCUUGGAACUCGCGAUGAUGUUUUGAAACGUAUGAUACGUGUGUAUAUACAUACCUGACGUCGAGGCAUCCAGCUCUCGUUGCAAGACAUGUGUGCGAUCGCACGUGUGCUAAGCAUUGCGGUCGUUGUAAAGUAGUGAAAAAGAGGAAGGGAUAAGAAAGAGGAGCAGUCGACGAAGCUGGUUGCUCAUGCGACAAAUGUUGUCUGUACGUCGCAGUUCUGCAGAUCCAGGAAGCACCCUCGUCGUCUUCCUCGAGUAGGAAAAUGGAAGCUUCUCUAGGGGACGAUAGAAUUAAAUAGAGAUCUCGUUGAACGCGUCGUUCCGUUCCCUCUGGAGAAAGUAAGAUAAAAGGCGUGGCAGCGGAGGCAAAAUGAUUCUCACAAGGAUCAGAUCGUCUCUAUUAAACCGAUGGUGCGACAGACGCUGCGAACAGAAACGCUUAUUGAGGAAACUAAUAGACAAGGAUAAAAUCAAAUUUGACGUGAUCGUCGUCGGUGGUGGUCAUGCCGGAACCGAGGCGUCUGCCGCUGCCGUCAGAAUGGGUGCAAAGACACUGUUGGUUACUCAGAAAAAGAGUACUAUAGGAGAGAUGUCGUGUAAUCCGUCCUUUGGUGGAAUCGGAAAGGGCCAUCUGAUGAGGGAGGUGGACGCUUUGGACGGAGUGUGUUGUCGGAUAUGCGAUAUUUCGGGGAUACACUACAAGGUCCUGAACAAGAGCAAGGGACCGGCGGUGUGGGGUCUCCGAGCUCAAAUCGACAGAGUAUUGUACAAGACGCAUCUUCAAGCGGAACUCUUUAAUAUGCCGGGAUUACAUAUCUACGAAUCCUCUGUGGAAGAUCUGAUUUUGAAGAACGAUCCUCUGCUCUGCCAAGGAGUAAUCCUCAGAGAUGGCAGGAAGAUAUUUGGUGACGCGGUAGUUAUCACCACGGGCACUUUUCUGAAAGGCCAAAUAAACAUUGGGUUGGAGAAACGGCCCGCAGGCAGAUUGAACGACGAAUCCAGCGUUGGUUUGGCAAAUACACUCGACAGACUUGGAUUUCGAAUAGGAAGACUGAAAACUGGCACGCCGCCAAGAUUGGAGAAAGACAGCAUCGACUUUACCAAAUGUUCAAAAACUCUGCCAGACGACUCUCCCGUACCGUUCUCGUUCAUGAGCGAUAACGUAUGGCUACCGCCCGAUCAGCAACUACUAACGUAUCUGACGUAUACAAACGAAAACGUCGCAAAGAUCAUAAAGGACAAUAUGCACUGUAAUUUACACGUAACGGAGGAAAUAUCGGGCCCGCGAUAUUGCCCGAGCAUAGAGAGUAAGAUUCUGCGAUUCAAGACGCCUGCACAUCAGAUUUGGCUGGAGCCGGAAGGUCUGGACUCGCCGUUGAUCUAUCCGGCUGGAUUGUCGUGCACUCUGCCGGAAGAGAAGCAGGUGGAACUGGUUAAAUGUAUCCCAGGAUUGGAAAACGCUCGUCUAGUCAAGCCUGGUUACGGUGUCGAGUACGACUAUGUAGACCCCAGAGAAUUGACCACUCAAUUGGAGACGAAAAAGAUUCCGGGGCUGUUCCUCGCCGGGCAAAUCAACGGCACCACCGGUUACGAAGAAGCAGCCGCACAAGGUAUCGUCGCGGGUGUUAACGCGGCCGCUAAGGUGUUUGAGAAACCGCCGCUUCUGAUAAGUCGAACCGAGGGUUACAUCGGCGUACUCAUCGACGAUCUGACAACGGAGGGUACCACGGAGCCGUACAGAAUGUUCACCAGCAGAUCGGAGUUUCGGCUGAGCCUGCGUCCCGACAACGCCGAUCAGCGAUUGACGGAGAAGGGCCACGCGGUGGGCUGCGUUUCCCGCGAGAGGCUCGAGCGGACGAGGGAGGUCCUUCGUAAGAUGCAGGAGGCUGUGCAGGUACUCAAGAGCGACGUGCGGUCGAACUACAAAUGGCGACGGCUGCUGAGGCUGAAGAGCUCCAAGAGCACCGCACACAAAUCGGCGUUCGAUAUGCUGUGCUCGUCGACCGAGGAAGUCACGUUCGCGCAAUUAGCGAAACUGUUGCCGAACUUGGAAUAUCUCGCUGGGGAUCCCGGUCUGGCGAGAAGACUGGAGAUAGAAACGAAAUACAUUCACGUUGUCGCGGAUCAACAGGACCACGUGAACGACAUCAGGAGAAACGAGCAGAUGAUUAUACCCGACGAUAUCGACUACAGCAGCCCUGAUUUGAAUUUAUCCAAUGAAGAUCGAGAGAAACUUACGAAACAUCUUCCACGCACGAUCGCGGCGGCCAAUAAAAUCUCAGGUGUGACACCUUCGGCUAUAUUAAGACUACUUUAUUACAUUAGGCAGCAUUCUAACGAGAGUGUUGCCAGGACACAGUAAUUAUGUAUCAUAAUAGCGAAAAAUAAAAAUGAUAAUUUUCAGCA